AUGGCGGGAGCUCCCAACCAGACGCUGUACGUCAACAACCUGAAUGACAAAAUCAAUGUCGAGACCUUGAAGAAGUCUCUUCGGGAGGUGUUUGCAGCAUUUGGCGGCAUCAUCGACAUUGUCGCGAUGAAGUCUCUCAAGCGUCGUGGGCAGGCUUGGAUCAUCUUCAAGGAGGUCCCGACAUGGAUGGAGAGCGAGAGAGAGGGAGGGAGAAUAGCAAAAAGAGAUGGAGUGAGCUGGCGGGCACAGCUAAGUCACACCGAGUUGUGUAAUACCACUGAAUACCACUUGCAUUCAGAACCUGGAGAUAUCAUGCCGUGCCCCACAAGCCAACUUUCCCCCCCCCCCCCCCCCAGACUUUACAAAGAGACGGGUCAGCAAGUUUAG